AUGGGAGGAGCUACCGGUGUCAUCAAGACACUGUUCAUUCCCGCGCUGAUAUCUCUCGUCCUCUACCUGACAAUCUCAUUUGUCAUUGCUCCAUUUGUCCGGCAGCAUCGGCAGCGGUACUCACAGUAUCUACCCUUACAUACAAUAUCAGUUCACACGACCUCCUUGAGAGAACGAGCAUUCGAUGCUCUCAUGAAUUUUACCCUGCCAUCAUCGUGGAGACACAGAGACCUAGCCCACGAACAGGACUCGGACAGCUUGUUUGAUGAUGAUGGUGAAGACAGCUAUGAGCUGAACGAGUCUAGACGGGAGGCGCUCGAUCAGGAGAGGAGAGAGGCAAGGCUCGCCCGGGAGCUGGAGGAUGGCUUCAUACCAGAUAGCGAUGGGGAAGAUACCCCGGGAACCAGGCGGAUAUGA